AUGGCAGAACUGCUGACAGACGAUCAAAUCUCCGAAUUCAAGGAGGCUUUCAGCCUAUUCGAUAAGGACGGCGAUGGCUGCAUCACUACUAAGGAGCUUGGGACAGUGAUGCGAUCAUUGGGACAGAACCCUACCGAGGCAGAGCUUCAGGACAUGAUCAAUGAGGUUGAUGCAGAUGGGAAUGGGACAAUUGACUUUCCUGAGUUCCUCAACCUGAUGGCUCGGAAAAUGAAGGACACUGACUCUGAAGAGGAGCUCAAGGAGGCUUUCCGGGUUUUUGACAAGGACCAGAAUGGCUUCAUCUCUGCUGCUGAGCUUCGUCAUGUUAUGACAAAUCUCGGUGAGAAACUGACAGAUGAGGAAGUUGAUGAGAUGAUUCGUGAGGCCGAUGUGGAUGGCGAUGGGCAGAUCAACUAUGAGGAAUUUGUCAGGAUCAUGAUGGCUAAGUGA